GUUAGAAGAAAAAAUGCAGGGACACGAAGAUUCACGGAAUGACAAAGACGGAAAAGCGGAUAACAAAGAGAUUUUGCACAGAAUGAUUUACGAUUCGAGAAACUACACGUCCGAAGGAAGACGCGUGUCGAACGGAACAGUUCCUUUGAAUAUUCUGAAGUUUCAUCACUCGUUUUCGUACGACUGUCAGAGGUAUUUCAAUCUUUGCGUGGUAGAACCGGAUGUUGUCCUGUUCGCUUCCGGUAAUAUAUUGCAUUUUUUCAAUACUACAACGAGGAACGUGUGGUUCAGAAGAGGAUGCACUGGUAGCGGGAUUGGACACGUGACGAAGAAUCCUGUAUUUGAUCAUAUCGCUGUUGGUGAGAACGGCGAGAACCCUCCGAUAAUUAUCUACAAAUGGCCUUCAAUGGAAAUCGUGACAAUUUUGCACGACGGCACGUUAAAACGCUAUUCCCACUUAGCUUACAGCACAAACGGCUCGCUGUUGGUGUCACAAGGAGGCGAACCAGAUUACACGAUCGUGCUCUGGGAUUGGCAGAGAUCGAAAAUAGCGUUGAAAUGCAAAUCUCACAACAGAGACGUGCACAACGUCAUAAUAUCACCGUCGCUGACCGGCUAUCUGGCGACCAGCGGAUCGGGUCACAUAAAAUUCUGGAAGAUCUCGAAUACGUUCACCGGGCUCAAAUUGAAGGGCGAGAUCGGCAGAUUCGGUCAGACGGAGAUAUCCGACAUUAUCGGUGUAUACAUCAUGCCGGACGGAAAAAUCGUGUCCGGCUGCGAGUGGGGAAACAUUUUGCUAUGGGAAGAGGGUUUGAUUACUCUCGAAGUGUGUAAGAAAAAUCGCCAGCCGUGUCACAACAGAGCGAUCACACAGUUCGAGUACAUAAACGGAGAGCUCAUAUCGCUCGGUAUGGAUGGGUGGAUUCGAAUAUGGUUUUACGAAACGAUCGAUCAAAUGGACGUUCGCGAUGAGGAACGUUUUCUGGAGAUUCAGCCUAUUUACGAAUAUCACAUCAGCGAAAAUGACAAGGCGUACGAGUCAAUGCUCAUGUGUAUGCGUAAGCGAGAACCGAACAAUCCGGAAAGUACACUUUGGUACGUUCAAGACGGAAACGGCGGGAUUUGGUUGAUAGAUUUAGACACCGCGCAGCAGGUGUCGCGAAAAAUAUUUACAUGCUCCGCUGGUGCCAUAGUCGACAUGGCUAGUGCGACAUGGGGACCUUUCGUAGCCGCGCUUAGCGCAGCUGGACAGCUACUUAUUUAUAAUUACACAGAAAAAAGGCUGAUCCUAGCACAUAGAUUCAACGACGUUGGCAGUCAAGUCGUUUGGUUCCCAUGCCAGAUCGAAGCGACGGGAUCAACGCUCGUUUGCGCUUUCGGAAGCGGUGUCGUUCGUGUGAUCGUUGCGGCGAUAUCGGAAGCAAACGCUGUCGAUGACAUAAACGGGGAUUACGUUAGACUGAUUCAAGUAAUAAGACCGCACAAAAUGGCAAUAACUGCGAUGUCUCUGAACUCUUCGUACAGUUUGCUGGUAACUGGCAGCGAGGACGCAACUGUAUUUGGUUUCGCUGUCACAGUGACAGAAACCUACCCCGCAAUCACGCCAAUCGGCUUUGUCAAAGUUCCUUCGGAAGUCACGUGUUUCGCGUGGAAACCGCAACGUAAAACCACGUUGUUAAUUGGAUGUUCGCGAGGAGAUUGCGUGGAAGUUGCAUUGCCAAGUGCUCCGCAAUUAUACACCGUCGCAUCGUACGAACUCGUUCAAUGUCGGCCGAGAGCGUUUAAAUUUCACUCCGUGAAGUCUGCUAUUCGAAGGGAAUUGAUACGCUCGAGUCGGGAGAAAGAGAAGAAAGAGAAAUUAGCGAAGAAGCGCGAAGAAAUAGCCCAUUUGCUGGCCGAGAGUCCCGGAUUGGAAGUCGAUGAGGAAACGUUUCUCAUGGAUGUAGAAGAGGACGAACCGUUGCCGGAAAUAUACAUACCGGAAACACCGAACAAGAUCCUGAUGGCACAAUACAUUGGUCCCGAUGUUAUUUGGUUGUCGAUGGCGGGAUUUGACGCGGGAUACAUGUACGAAUACCCGAGUCCGGAAGUCGUCGAAACUAUCGGGCAAGAACCCGCAAGAAGCGUUAUGAUACACGACGCCGAUGACGUGGAAAUACGAAGUUGUCUGUUGUAUAAAGAAAGAUACUUGUUUUUGGGAAUGGAGCACGGGGAGAUACGAGUUUGCAAGUGGAAGCCGAACAACCAUACAGAUCUCUCGGAUUACUGGAUAAUUCCGAUGCACGAUUAUUACAACGGUCACAUUCCGAAAAUGGUUCUCAGCUACGAUCAGAGAAUUUUGUUUACGUGCGGCCACGAUGGAAACUUGUUUUCUUACGAGGUGAAUGAUGACACGCCACCCGAGGCGAUUAAAUUCGAAAUGAUUCGAGGAACUUUAUCUUUGCCGCGUACUAGCGUCGAAGAUAUCAAAGAAAUUGAUCAUCCAACUUUGGAAGAAACGAUUCAACAAACUGAACGCGACAGAGUUGCUGUAGCGGCGAAGCAGAGCAAACAACAGACCUUGGAGAAGUUGAUGGAACUAAGCGAGGACUAUAGCAAAAUUAUAGAGAGAAAUAAAACUCUACCGGAUUCUCAUCGACUGACUCACGAGGAACUGGAAUUGGAUACUAGAAUCACAGACGAUUUAAAUAAGGAGUUGGACGCGGAAAUGGCUGCGGUCAGGGAGAAACUGGCGUUUAAAAUCGAAAAAAGUGAGCUGGGACUGCAGAAACUCGUGGAUCACUUUAUCAAACCCAUCACGUGCUUGCCGUUUGCCGUUUGCAAGAUAUCGGAACCGGAUAAGAUGGUGUAUUCUCUGCGCCAACGUGUCUUGGACAUUGACGACACAUUGUUGCAUACCGACUCGCUGAAAUUUCUACACAUAUUCGAUAAGCAAAGAAAGAGAUUGACGAACGAUAAAACUCUGAGUUACGAACAAGAAAGAGAAGAAGAACAAGAAGAAAUGGCAAGGAAAGAAGAAAGAGAUGCAGAAGAAGAAACCGAAUUGAAAAUAAAGGGACAACCUCUCGCGGAGUUUUUAAGAGGAGUGGAUUACGAGGACACGGAGAGCAGCUCGAGGAUUCGUUUGAAUCAAAUGUUGCGUAAAUACGCUUUGAGAAAGACGAGAUUGGAGAAACGCGAGAAAGAAUGGAAAGCCAUAUACAGCAAAAAGCCGGAUAUAUCUGUUAAUCACGCGGAAGAUAUGCUCGCCAUCGAGGAAGCGAAGAGAACCAUCGGUGACUACAAGCUCAAGUCGUCGCCGAUUUUCGACUUGUCGGAAAAACGGGUCACUCUUGCUUCGAAGUACAAGGAGAUAUUGAAUUGUCGGAAAAAGCUUUAUUAUCUGCAAGAAGGUUUCAAUGCAAGAUUGAAAGCUGUAAGAACCGAGAAAGAACAAUUGCAGGCGAAAGUUCAACGUUUGAUAGAAACUCUUGGACAAAUUCAUGCUGAAAUACCGUUAAACAGCGUGAAACCUUUGCCGGUUAUUCCUACAACAAACGUCGAUAUAGAAUUUCCCGAGAGAAAACUGACGAUUGAUAAAGACGCGUGGAAAACGGACGGAGCCAAAGAAUCGCAAGAAAAGGAUCAAUCGUUGAUUUUGCCGGAAUCGAUUCAGAUGCCGGGCGUUUGUUCGGACGAAGAAUACGAGAUAUUGCUUCUGGACAAGAAGUUCGCGGAACAUUUCUUUUCCAAUUCGUUCUUUUCCAGUUCGGAAAAGAAGCUGGAAAUCCGACUCGCGGAACAGAAAAAAGUAACGACGUCGCCGUUACAUGUGGACGACGUCGAGAGCCCGUGGGAACGCGAGAUGAAGACCGCUCGUGCUUUGCGCAAAAUCUACGAACAGGAUUGCAUACUGAGGCACAUAGAAACCAGUUGCGAGAAUUUGGACAAAAAGUUGGAUCAGUUGCAGCACGAAAGAUUGAACAUCGUUUCCGAAUGCGUCAGCAUCAAUUUGUUCUUGUUGACACUUCGUCAGGAAUAUGUUAUUUUGAAAAAGUACGAAACAACGGAGAAGAAUUUGCAAGAUCAACUCGAUAAUAAAUUGGAAGAGGUCGAGACGGUGAAACAGAAGUUGCAAACAGUCACCGAUAAAAUGGAUGUUAAAACUAAAGAAAUUACAAAAUUACGUAAUCAGAUCAAAGACAUCUUCUCUGAGUAUAUGAGCAAGAUAGGCGAUAAUAGAUUCCGUAAUUUUUUAUGUAAAAUAUUCAAGAAGAAAUACAAGGAAGUGAAGGAGGACGACGAAACUACCACCACAACAACUGAAACGGAUGAGACAGAGAGUGUCGAUAGCAAGGAACUUGAACUGAUCUAUUUUGAUGAAAAUGUAUGUCCGUCGGGAUGCGACGAGGAAUUGUACAAAUUGGCGUUUACGAUGAGAGAAAAUCGAUACUCGUGCGAACAUCAGAUCAAAGAUUUACAACGGGUUGUGGAAAUUCUUCAAAAGGAACUUCAGACAUUUACGAAGAAGCUGAAAGUUACAGAGAUCGAUUUGAAAAAGACCGAGGAUGAUUUGAGAAUCUUUAUGCUCAAGAAACAAAAAGAGUUAAAUGACGUAGACGUGACGGUGGUGAUGAAGCUGCAUCAACUGCAAUAUUUCGACGAGUUCGAGAUUCCACCCAAGAUACAAGAUUGCGUUGUAUUCGACAAAGCGCAAUUGUCCAAAUUAUAUUCGAGAAUACAAGAGUUGCAGGAAGAGACACUCGAAUUGCGCGUUCAGCAUAAAAACGCGCGAGCGCAUCUGCAGAGAAUCAAACUCGAUCGUAAUCAAAUGCGCGCUAAAAAUAAAACUCUGAAGAACGAAAUAAAGUCGAUGAUAAUGAUCAAAUUCGGUCAGAGUAUAUCAUUGAACGAAUUGUACGAAACGAUAAUCCGCCGAAUGGUGCACGACAUCAAAGUCAGCUUGAGUGACGCGACCAAGUAUUUCGCCAAGCAAAUAAAACAGGCUAAAGAGAGCUACUCGGAAGAAUUGAACGUGUUCAACAAACUGAUUCGCGAACACACGCAAAAGUUGAGCUUCUUGACAAUUUUAGUGGAGGAACAAUCAAAACUGAAAAAAUUGUCAAAGCAACGCAUCGUGUCAGAUGAAGAAAUGACGCAGUUCGAGGAAACAUACAAGAGUGAUAUAACAAAGUUGGAAAAAAUUCUCAAACGUCAAAUACGGCAAAAACAGUUGUUUAUGAAUGACAUAAAGAAUCUUAGAUUGAAAACAAAAAUACAUCCGACACAGUGCAUGGCAAUGAUGCGUAGGAGUGACAAAGAUAUCGAGUCUCAGAGCGAGGAAAAUUUCAAUCAAGAUUGGCGGAACGUCGAAGUUGAAAACGCGAUAAAAAUGUGAAGAAUCAAAUCUUCAAAAGAAAACGUGCGAGGGGAAUGACGACGAAACGUUAAAUAACAAGUACGAUAUUAUAUUUUACAAAAAAGAGUAGAGAGAUAAUGUUAGCUUAUUAUAAUUGAUUAAGAUCAUACGCGUUUUUUUCCAUUUCAUUUUGCAUUUUAUUUUUUUUUCACUUACAUAUAACAACUAUGGAUGACAGCUGUACAAAUACAUAACAUUACAAAUACAUGCAUCUCAUUUGCAAUGUAUAUAUAUAAAGAACGAUCUAAUAUAUAUAUAUGUAUAUAUAUAUAUAUAUAUUAUAUAUAAUAAUAAAUAAUAACGUAUUUUCGCGUAAUAAAAAGGCAUCGUAAUAAGUCUAUAUCCUUCGCGCGCGCGACACGUAUUCCUUAAACGCGUUUGUCAUCCCGUGUGCAAAAGUUUUUUCGAAGAAUCCACACGUAUCUCUCUGUUAUAACUCGGGCUAUUAAGCAAGAAGAUGGAAACCAGAGAAAAGUGUUUUCCUUCGUAAGUAAGCCUUUUCGAAAACUUAUAGAGGCAAUACCUGUCCUUCGCGCCCAAUAUUUGCGCUCAUAAACUCUUUGAACAUGACUAUAAUAAUAAUAAUAAUAAUAUUAAUAAUAAUAAUCUUCGGAAUGUUAAAAAUACUUAAUGUUAAAAAUAUUAUUAAUUAAGAAAACAUUAGUAGCUGCACGUAAAAUUUUCCACUCACUAGACUAGAAAAAAAACAGGUGAUGGUUCGUAAUAAUAGUUCACGAUGUGUUUAAACAACGGUUUAACACUCGAAUCUUACGUUACGUUUCUUCUCAUUUCGAAGUGAAACGUUAACGCGAAAGGCGUGUAAAAAUGCAGAUGCGUGAUUGCUGCAGAAAGAAGCACUUGGUUAUUGUUAUAUAAUUAAUAGAAAUUUGAAUAGAGUAGAGAUGUAGAUGCCGACCCGUUGCAAAAUUGUCGAGUACAUCGAGAUUCGAAUAUAAAAUACAAAAAAAAAAAAAAAAAAACAAUAAUUAUUAUCGAUAAUAAAAAUAGUAAUCGUAGGAUGUAUAAUAAUAGCACGUUAUUAGAAUUAGUGGUAAUAGUGUAUCAUUUCUUUGAAAUGUAAGUUAAUUUCUUUUGAAGCGUACGCGCGCACUCAUACACAGUCUCUCUCUUUCUCUCUUUCUCAUUCUCUCAUUCUCUCUCUCUCUCUCUCUCUCUCUCUCUCUCUCCCUCUCUCUCUCUCUCUCUUUCAAUUUCUUUUUUCUUUUUUUGAGAAAAAGCGUAGUAAUCUUUAAAGUUAUUCUUACCAAUAUUUACGAUUUUAAAACGAGAUUCCGACAAUUACGAAUAAAUUCUCAAGUUUCGAAAAAUGGAAAGAAAGAAAUCAAUUUUUUAAGAAAGAUCACAGCUGCGCGCUAUUCCGAAAAAGAAAAACACGGAAAAGAUAGGUAGAUCUGAGAUUUAAUUGCGAAGUUUCUAAGUGUGUGCAUUCAACAACUGCGUCAACAAGUGCGAACGUCUACAGUUAGCGAACCGCGUGGAAUCAUGCAAGUUUCAAGAAAGAGAAAUAUCUAAAUUACUUGUACGUGGUUUUUUACACCGAGUAAAGAAUACACCGUUCUUUUUUUCGGGAUUAAAAAAAAAAAAAAAAAAAAA